GACGUCAAUGGAAUUUAUCCUCCUCGGAUGAGCCGCUUGUUGAUUUGAAAGACGAAAGGACUGGUUCGGUUCCAGCGCUAGUCUUGCAGCAUAUAGAGUUGCGCACAUUCAGCGCGCGCACACGCAAAAUCUCUCUCUCUCUCUCUUUACCCCCCUCUCUCUUUCUCUCUCUCACACACACACACACACACACACAGACAUACGCAUGCACACACUCACACAUACACUGUGCUCGCUGGUUGGGAAAUGCCAAAGCGCCUCAUCACUGCUGCGUGCUUUGCGCUUGAAGCAGAAGGAUCCGAACGCGCCAGCAGAAAUUACCGAGUGAUCUCCUGGUAUAGAGUAUAACGAGGGAAUCGCUCGUCCACGGCAGAUCAAAUAUUUUUUUUCUGGGAGAAAGACACAUACGGGAUGAUUUGGUGAUGGGUGUUGGAGAGGAGUCCGAGAGAGCUUCCCUUGAAGUGGAAAGCAAAAGGUACAGGUUUCUAACAGCCGUCAAUAAGUUUCGUUUCGACUUCGGGAAGCACAUCGGGAAAUAAGGAACCGUAGAUGUAAAGGAAUAACCCAAUCUCCAGAGAACUGCGCGGCUGUGCCCAUAGGCUACGCAUCUGUGGGCGAGAGGGAUUUUGCGUCUGUCACCUUUGGAUUAUAUUUCUGUUUUCCUGCCUACACUACUGCGUUGGGAGUGUUACUUGGAUUUUGGAGAGUACUCGCGACAUUUUGGAAGAGUAAAUCAGACACUUAUAUCGUCUGCUCACAAUGGAAAUGCCAAUGUGAUAAGUAUUAGAGGUCAGAUGAUCAUCGUCCCUUGUUCUUUAAUCUAACUAUCGUAUUUAUGAGAUGGAAAAACGGGGACUCUACGGCGUCCUUUGUUAUCUAAUGCUAAAUGCACCCCUCUUGUUUUAUGUAAAUGCCACAUUUACAGAAGUGCCAAAAGAUGUAAAUGUCGGCGAGGGAGAAGAUAUCGAGAUGCCCUGCGCAUUUAAGGCCAUCGGAUCUACACCGUUCUCCCUGGAAAUUCAGUGGUGGUAUCUUAAGGAAGCAGCGCCCAGAGAACUUGCGCACGAGCUGCAAAUUAGCUCCCCUGCGAACAGAGCAAAGGUUGGCCCCAGGGAUGCAACAAAAAUAAGUACGGUGAGGGUGCAGGGCAAUGCCAUCUCUCACAGGCUCCGCCUCUCCAACGUGCGCAAGGUGGAUGAGGGCGUGUACGAGUGCCGGGUGACGGGCAACAACGCCGACGAGACUCAGGAACACAAAGCGCAGGCCAUGCUGCGGGUGACCCCGCGCGACGGCAUGGUGGCCGAGGAGGCCGUCUCCCACAUCCAGAACAGGUGGCCCUCGAGGAACAGCAACGCCCCGUCCGCCGGCCGGGCCACCCCCGCGCCGGGUCAGGGCAAGCCCCGCCCGCCAAAUCUGGCCGGUCCCGCCCCCGCGGCCUACACGACGGCGGCUGGCUCUGCAGCAAAGUCCUCGGCUUCACCCCGGCCCGGCAAUGCAGCCAUCCUCCAGCAGCAGCACGGCGCCGGUUCUGGAGCCAUCAUCACCACUGACCCUCUCCUGUGCAUCUUCCUAUUGGUUCUGCACAGGCUCCUCCCCUUCCUGUUCACCCACUGAAAGACUCCAACCAAUCAUCACCCUGCUAUAUUUCCACUCAAUGUACCAAACAACAAAGGGAAUAGUAUAUACCCAUAUGGCACACCACCAUGGACGUUGACAGUGAAGGACUUUUGGAAAGAGCCCGCAGUCUUCUGAACGGAACUUUAACAGAAGACUCGCGUCUCAGCGGGAUGUAAAUGGAUUGCAUAAGAAGCAUGAAAAAAAUCUAAAUAAAUAAGGGAGUAUAUGUGAAAACGAGCUUCACCACUUUUGUUAUGCACACACAGUCAACGGCCACAAAAAAAAAGGAUGCAUCAGUCAAGUUUCCAAAUACUAGAGUCUGCCCUGCAAUGUGCAUGGCUGUCAUUAAUUUAUUUCCUGGUACGUUUUUAAUUUUGUCAAUAUUUUCAUCGUAUUUUGUUUUGCAGGCACUGUGUAGGUUCCAUUUUUUAUUUUUUAUUUUUCCUUUUUUUUUGCAUGAGUCGGUGAUCGGUUAGAUAUCGUUUUUCAUUUCAGACACAUCAAAGAUGAGGCUCUGUCAUGUUCAAUCCUGGAGCAGGGACUAUGUGUAGGUCUGUGUGUUCAGCUUCCUGUGUUUCUUUCCCUUUUGUUUUAAAACAUGUUAUUGAUGUAAACAACUAUGUCCUUCUUCUAUAUUUUGAUUAAAUAAGGCACACCUUAUCAUAGUUGUUGUUAGUCACCCUUAAUAAUGUUUAUUUUUAUUAAAGAUAUGGUGAUCAAGGUACGACAUUCAUUUAUAAAAAGUAUUGGUAUGUUGCCUACACUACGUGAAAUAAAAGUUGUUUUUUUAAA